AGAGGAAUAAAGAGAGAUCCGCUGAAAAGGGCUUCACCUAGAUUUAAUUCAAAAGCAGUUCACAUUAAAAAGGGGGAAAUAGAUCUUGUAUAAUAGCAAGCUUGAGUUGCGUGGAUGUAUGGAACCUUACAAUCAUGACAAUGACAACUGCUUCCUCUGUGGUUUCCAUGACAACCCAAGGCCAAUGCAGUGCUGGGUCUUUCAAUUCAACUUUAUAUCAAAAGUGUAUAUGUUUCCAUUUUUGAUUGAGCUUAAUGAAAUGGCUAUCAAAUGUGGACUUCUCUUUUCAUUAUCUGAGAUAUAAAGUCAUUGAGGACUAAAAAGAAUCAAAUCUCCUUGAAUCCAGCCAAAAUUAUAUACUUUCUUUAUAAUAUUAAAUGCAAAUACAAGAACUGUGUUAUAAUAAUUCAUGUUGCUUUAGAUAGUUGGUUUGAAUUUGUAGCUUGUUCUACAGAUUCCUACCAUUAAGAAGUCUAAAAAUUAUCAUUUUUUUCUCAUUUGCAAAGAGAUAAAUAAAAUAUCUUGAGACCAUCAAUUCCAAUGCUAAAUAAUGACGUGUUAGGGUUAUGUAUUUGGUAUAAUGGGUUUUGAAAACGAAGGAUGUGUUAAUAGAUAAAAUUUCAUAUGCACUGAAUGCAUUACUUAAAAUAAUCAACAUUUUCAUUAAUGAUAUUACAGUCAUUAGAAAGUUGUCCAUUUACAUUUAAGUGAAUCAUCAUGAUUAACGAAAUAAAGCCAGAAUAGGUAAGAGUAAUUAAAUUUAUUUGUUACAAAGGUUCCUAUUGUCACACCAUAUUUUUGUUUAUCAAUUUUACCUUUGUUUUGAUACUUAUCAUUUUUAUAUUAUCGAAAUACCUUGGAAUCCAUUGUGAUUGACAAUUGUGUACUUGUUAGAGCAGUGAGAAAACCAAUUACUUAAUCAUUUUGAAGCUCAGAGUAAUUGAUUUAAUAAUAAUGCAUUAGGAAAUUGUCUUUGUUGCCAAAGCCGUCAACUAUUUUGGAGGGACAGACGCAAGCCCUCGAUUUCAUUUGAUUUAUUCAUCUCAUGUCAUGUUGAUUCAUAAUAUGAAUAUUCAUAUAUCAAGACUAAAAUCUAAUUGGUUGAACAUCUCUCCAAUCAUAUUAGGAAGCAAACCCAAGACUCCAAAGACAUUUCUAUUCCAUUGGCCUGUUCCAUUUCGAGACAAGGGGUGCUAAACCCAACACAAUUUUCCAUUUUUUUUUUUAAUUGUAAAGAGACUCAUCGACUAAUGGAUGGUAAGGGAGAUAAAAACACACCAGGGACUGAAUGCAUUAUGGGUAGUACACUGAAUAUAUUCUUGGAGAUGAUGCCAAUAGUUGGUUUCCCCCCUUGGUUGGAAUGGAUGAGUCCUCCUCACUCUCAGCCAUACACAGACUCCCAGUGGUGGGGUAGUCAAGCCAUCACACAAUACUCUUCACAAAUGUUACUUUACAAGCACUGUCUACCGUACUCUUGAUAUUCACUACUAUGAUCGAUAACCCCCUCAGCUUCUCAUCUAUCUAGUUUGAUCGGAAAGAAAUACUUGGACUUAUACAUCGCAUCAGAAUGCAUCUACUUUCUUUAUCACACCUGGGGAAUAGUUUUGAGCUUUGACAAAUAAAAAUGCAGCUGUUUAACCUAACAUUCCUUGUCAUUUUUUUCUUCAACUUGUGCAACUGAAUAUUAAAGAGGGUUGGUUUUCACAUAUUUUUCUCUCUUUUUUUAGAAAAAGGAGAACAUAUUCAUGUUAUGAUUGUGUGGAGGUUGACUUGAUGAUUUCAUACACCUUCAUGAAGAGUUUAACAGUAAUGAUAUCAUUUGAGAAGCAGAUCCUUGCAGCUUUGUGAAUAUUGUUGUAUCACACCUAGGACAUGGAUUAGGUAUUAUUGGAUCCAUUGAUUUGAUUAAUUGCAUGACUGCCUGCGCUAACAAGAAGUGAAAUUUGAAAUCUUGGUCAAUCACCACCAGCGAAUGUAUUAGAAUGCAACAGCUUCACCUGAUGACCACAUCCAUUGCGUCAAACUCCAGCUCUGAAGUGGAAUUAUCCUGACAAUUUAGAUCACAAAUUGAAUUCAUUUCGGAGGUGAUUUCACGGGAAUAUUAUCCCUCCCUCAUUUCCGCCCGGUAUCCCCAUGUGAGCUUGACACUAUUGAAAGUCGGGUCUUGCCGGGUUUUGUUGAAUUUGUAGGGUGCAGGACACUCGUAAAGGCUGCUUCUGAAGGGUCCUCAAAGAGCUCGGAGAUAGGAAGAUGGGUUCGGCGCUUCCGCGUCUAUCACCAAGAAUCCCAGAGGAUUGAUCAUAAAUCGAGCAUCGUGCCACAUGUCCUUGGAAGAUCAUUUCUUUCUUUUUUUCUUGGAUAUUUAAUGAAUGAUAUUUCAUUUCACCAAAUCUUUCUUCCAUCCAUGCAAAGAUGGUUAUCCGAGGAGCCUUGCAGGUUGAUGUAUCAAAUAUUCAUCAAGUGCUCUUGAAAUUAAAGAGAGCAUCACUUGUACUCUGCAUCUGAUCCAUCGGAUGAAGGCAUUGACGUAUGUGCUUUAUGUUUCAUUAAUGUUAUUUAUCACGUCUUCACAAACCCAUGCUGUCUUUGUAAAGCUAUAGACACGUCGCACGGAAUGCUGAUGAUCUUGUCCCAGCGCCGCGGAUCAUCGACCUGAUGAAAGACUGACAAGGGAGAGUUAACAGCCUCUAAAGAGCUCCCAUUCACGCUCCUCUCUCUGAACUUGAAAUAUUGAGUGAAUAUUGCUUGGAAAAAGAAAUAAGGGAGAGAAAAGUCAAUAUCAGGAUUAUCCUGUAAAUGUUUGCCUCAUCACGCCCGGAAGGAAUUGCAUAGUUUCUGUGACACGUGUGCCAACAAGACACAGCACAUUUUGUUUCUCAAUUGAUGCCCGGAGGAAUUUAUCAAUUUUAAUCCGUUUAUACAUUGUGCAGUGAAAAGCAGAGGUGUAAGCAUAUUUUACUCUAUAUAAAGUAGAAAGAAGCUCUCAAUUUCUGCUUAAAUCGGCCUCGCCAUCUCUUUCGUGACAGAUAGCUGUAAUAUCAGUAUCCUGCAAUAAUAUUAGUGAGUACUUUAACACAAUGUGACACUGAUGAAACAAGUUGGUUUUAUUGUAAAGUGGGUAGAUUGAUUAGCGGUUGCAUGAAAGUAAAAUUUUAUUGAGGAAUUUAUUAAAAAGGAUUACCUAACAAUGACGACGGUUGGGUAUGCCGAUCCUGCGAUCUUGCAGUUUUCCAACGGGACACUCGUCACAGUGUCUCCGAUCAUUGUCAUACUGCAGAAGAUUCUGCCUGGACUUAUCGGGGUCUUCUGCACUGUUGGUCUCUUGUGCAAUGGAUUUAUCAUUGUACUUCUACUGACGUACUCCAACAUGAAGACUCUGGCCAACACGUUCAUCUUCAACCUGGCUUUGGCCGAUUUCUUCUUCAUGUUUACCUUUCCUUUCCUCGGCCAUCAGAUGUGGCAGAGCGAGUGGAUAUUCGGCCGUGUCUUGUGCAGAAUCCUCGUUCCGUACGAUACCAUGACGCAGUUCACCGUCGUCUUUUUCCUCGUCGUCAUGGGUGUGGAUCGCUACCUGGCCAUAUGUCACCCUAUCCGAUCGAUGCACUAUCGGACGAUCUUCAAUGGACGUGUGGUUAGUGUAAUGGUGUGGAUCUGUUCGUUUUUGGUCUCUUUACCCGUGUGGAUCUACACCGAUCAGAUUACUCUCUACGGGAACGGCCAAAAGAUUCAUCUGUGCUUGGCGCUAGCAACCAAGCACAAUGAAGAUGUGAACAAUUUCAGUUGGUGGAUAAUCUAUACACUCUUUUUUGACUUUUGUGCACCUCUGACUAUAAUCUUUGUAUGCUACUUUCUCAUCAUCUGGAACUUGCGGCACAGUCCUCUGCAGGACAUCCGCAACACUUCACGUCGCGCCAGCCGCAAGGUAGCCAUCUUGGUCAUCUGCAUCGUGUUUGUCUUUGUAUCCUGUUUCUUACCAUUCUUCAUCAUCCAGUUCAUACAGAGUCAGACUGAUCCUUCAGAGUUCACCGAUGCUCUUCUCGUCGCUUUCGUCGUCAGCUGGUUUCUCAUGUACAGUCAUAGCAUCAUCAAUCCCAUCGUCUACACCAUGCUUGGGGAGAACUUUCGCCAGAACCUCCCGCGGCUCUGCCGGAGCAUUUUUCGCCGGAAAAGGUCAAACAGCCGCCAGAGCAGCAUGCGCACAUCCAGCAUGUACCUCCGGCGAUCCCGCGGCUCCUUAAAGUCUUGUAACAGUAGUACAGAAGGCACGGGGCGCAUCCAUAACAAUGGCUACCUAAGUAUUAGUCCUAAGAUAGCCGUUACACAUCCACCACCAAAGCGUUUACCUCCCGAUGAUCCGGUGUGACUUCCCGCUCAGAAACUCUUCUCAAGCCAUCCUCACCUCGAGAAAAUUAAACAAAGUGCAUGCCUAUGAACACUACAUUAGUUUCAUUGGAGGAAUUACUUAAGUGUUGGGUUAAGGUUUGUGUGACAAAAUGGUUGGGAAUGUCCAACAAAGAACUUGUAUUCAGUCAAUUUUUGCCUUUGCAUUAUAUUGUAUUUUCAUACCUCAGAAAAUCUGUGGUAAUCCUCGUGUUUGCUGUGCAAUUUUUGUGAUGUUCACUUUACAGGUUUUGAUCUUGAUUAUGAACAAACACAACUUUAAUUCAUUUUAGGAUAAGGUUAUACUUCUCUUUGAGUAAACUUGUAGAUUGUUAUUAAACUCAUUAUUGAAUGAGCGUGUAUAACUUGAAAAUUAUUUCCCUUGUGUACAGCAACUAGUUCAAAAAGAAUUACAGUGGGGAUCAGACUAUGAAUUAUAAAUGUAUUGACAUUUUCUUUCUUUUGAAUUAUAGAUAAAUAGCAGAACAGCUCCAACGUAAUCAAUUAUUUAUCAGUGUUCUAAAUGAUUAAAGCCAUGUGCGAGGCUUUGCCCCAGUUCAAUGUUUGUCAAAAUGUAAAGUUAAAGAAUUUUUUUCAUUGGUAAUUUCAGAGCAUAACAUCGAUUCACUUCAAUUAUUUUAAAAAGGGAAAUAUAUCAUUCUUUUCAUUCCAAGUUUAUAUCAGAGUUUGAUUAAGAAUGAGAUUGUAAUGAGACAGAUUUGUAAAAUUAAGUUCUGUUUCCUCCACACAUUCCGGUCUUGUGCCAUUUAUAAACAAUUUUUUAGGCAUCAAUUCACAAGUACAAUUUUCCAUUGAGAUUUGAAAUGGUUGCUUCUUGAAGAGAAAGGCUUUUAAUGCUUUGGACACGGAAAUAAGAAGCAUACCAGAAUAUGGGAUGUCAAACAUUAGAUUACCCUUUUUAUAGAUUUUACAGAAUGUGAUCAUUCUAUAAUUAUGAGACCAUUUCCAAUUCAAUUUUUUUCAUUUUCUGAAAGACAUUAAGAUGAAAACAAGCAAUGACCAAAUGCUGAUGCUUGAUACUGAACAUUAUUUAGCAUUGAUUCCGUCUUGCUUGCAUUUUGUAGAGUGGAUUUGUGACAUUUAGAAUAAACAACAUCUUCAGUCAGAAUCCAUUCACUCGGAAUACAGAUUAGGUGAAAUGUAUUCCCAAAUGUUCCACCCUAUUCAAUUCAGGGCAGUUAUGACCUUUGUAGGGGGUCUAUUUUUGCGUUGAAUUAGGGCUUCCUUGUUACAUCUAAUUUCUCAUGUGUGUUUAGCCGAGGUUAAGUUCAUUUGAUUGGAAAAUGCGGCUGUUCAACUUUUUUAGAGGUCAUGAGAUAUAAGCCCCUAUCGAAGGUAGUUUAGAUCCCUUGUUCGGAAUGCUUUUUACCAAUUAUGAUUACUUCAGAACCAAUUGGGGUUUUCCAUUUCUGUUAGCAUGAUUACAGUCAUCUUUUCCGUGUUUUGAUUUGAAAAGUAUGUCACCGGUCCCUUUUUUGAUAGGGAAGGGUUAAUGAAAGAAUCAUGUGAUUUCAACUUUCACAUAGAAACAGCAUAAAUUGUACCACAAUAACUUGGGUCUUUCUGGAACUGCUAAGUUUUAGUGGAAAACUUGCGAUAACCUGUCGGGGAGUCCCAGAUAUAAUAAUGCUCAUUUGUAGAUGUUCUUUACAG